AGGAGGCUGAGUCUUUGCCACCCGUUUCUGACCCGGAGCGGCCAUGUUCUCCAGAUUAGCUCCCGAAACCCAAAGCUGGGAGCCUGAGUUUCAAGGCGAAAGCUGGGGUUGUGUCCUGACUCCGGGAGCUGGAGAUUUACGAAAAAAAACCCCAGGAGCGAGAGGUUUGCGAGAAUGUUGCUGGAGACGAUUUUUUCCAUCUUUGCUUUCGCCACCUGUGGAGGGUACAGUGGCCAUACCUCCAUUAAAGUCAGCUGUCCGGACACUAAAAAUGAGACCCUUGAGGCGGCUUUUGGCUAUCCGUUCCGGCUGAACACUGUGGUGUUCAAAGAGCUGGAUUCAAAGAAAUGUAACAACACGUGGACCACAACCCACCUUGUGGGCGACUUCUCCUCCUCGGCCCAGUUCUUUGUCACCUUCGCUGUCUUUGUCUUCCUCUACUGCAUGGCGGCGCUGGUGCUGUACGUGGGAUAUCUGCACCUUUACCGUGGCGCUGGCAAGCUGCCCAUGAUUGUAAGUGACUUGUAACAUUUUGCUCUUAAUGGGGGCUGGGAGGAAAAUUGGGGGCAGUGAGGCAGAGGGGGAAUUUCCUGUGGAGAAUUUAGACAAAAAUUCAAAUCUUUAUUCGUUUUUGUGGUAGGAAAAUUGACAUUCUGCUGAAAUAUUUUGACCGAAACCUUGAAUAUUUGGAUUUAAAAUAACAUUGUAGUGCCUCAUGGGAGCUGUAGUCUUGAGUGCCUCGGGUUCCCAUUCUCCCUUAUGGGCUGUGCACUCUGCGUGGCCUGCAUCUCCCAUGAUGCACCACUUCCAGCUCUCACUGAGUCACUGUGGUGCAUUAUGGGAGUUGUAGUCCUGGGUGCCUCAUGUUCAGUUCUCUGUAGGCCAGGGUGCACUACUUCUCUCAUGGUCAGGAGAGGGGUUGUGUCAUGGGUGUCCGUGGCUGCAAUGCCUCAUGAGAGUAGUUGUCCUGGGUGCCCCGUGCUCUCAUUCUUCUCUAUAGUCCAGGUUCUCUGGCUGACCUACGACUCCCAUGAUUUACCAUGUCCAGAGAUUCCUAUGACACAACUCGCCCAAAGGGGGAAGAGUGGCUCAUUGUAGGAGAUGUAGGCCAGGCAAGAGAGGAGAAUAAAAAUGAGGCACCUGAACUACAACUCCUAUCAUGCACCAUAAUAGAGCAGCAAGAAGCAAGAAAGUGGUGCAUCAUGGGGAAUGUAGUCAACCAGAAAGCCCAGCCCAUAGAGAAAAAUUGGCACACGAGGUAUUCAAAACUACAGUUGCCAUGAUGUACCACUCUGUCAUUUUGAAUCAAAACAUUUCAGUUUUUGGACAAACAAUUUUCAGUGAAAAGUUGAAGUUCUCCGUGGGAAGCAGAAAUGUCACAAAUUUUUUGGUCGAAAUAACAAUUUUCUAUCAAAAAGCAGCUGUGGCAAAGAAUUUUCAGUGAGCUCUCUUAAGCCAGGAGUGUCCUGUAACCUAGAUCUCCAAGCACUCCGCAGACAGAAUCCUGCUCAGAAUCUUGGCAUUGCCAGGUUUUUUGGGACCAAAAAAGAUUAACAAACUCUUUUUAUUGGCCAGUGUGGAAACUUUUAUGGGAAAAUCUUUGAUCAAAA